AUGGAGAACUCAAGCGAGAUUGCGUUCUUUGUCCUGAGCGCGUACUUCCACAUGGGACAGAUGAGAUACUUGUAUUUUGUGCUAUUGCUGCUGUGGUACUGUUCCAUAUGUGUGGCCAACACUGGUCUCAUCGUGGUGAUAUUUGUGGACAGGAGGCUGCACGAGCCCAUGUACAUGCUGCUUUGUAACCUGCUGGUGAACGAGAUCAGCGGCAGCACGUCUCUGUAUCCUCUCAUGCUCUCGCAGAUGUUCUCGGAGCUCCACCGCGUGCCCGUGUCGUGGUGUUUCCUGCAGAUGUUUUACAUCUACACGUCCGCCGCCGUGGAGUUUUGCAGUCUGGCGGCCAUGGCUUACGACCGCUACGUCUCCAUCUGCAACCCCCUGCGUUACAACGCCACCAUGACCACGGGGAGAGUGGCCGUCAUCGUUCUGCUCGUCUGGUUGUAUUCCUUGUCUAUAUACCUGAUAUCCUUCGUGUUUGUCGUCAAUGUGAAAUUUUGUGGCAACGUCGUCAAAAAGGUGUAUUGUGACCACCAAUUAAUAGCUGAACUGGCAUGUUCGGUUUCAGCUAUCAACAGUGUAAUUGAACUUUUUUAUGUCAUUAUGGCCUUAGUCUUCCCGUUUGCUCUGGUCGUGGUGUCCUAUGUGGAGAUCCUCGUGGUUUGCUUCAGUACCUCCAAAGAGAACAAGCUAAAAGCCAUCACCACCUGCACCCCGCACAUUUUUUCCAUGUCGAACAUGUUUGUCGGCGCAACUUUGACCGUUUGCGAGAGCAAGCUCGAAGGUAUCUUUUUACCUGACAGAGUGCGUGUUUUCUUUUCCAUAUAUCUGCUUAUUUGCCAACCAAUGCUCACCCCUUUUAUUUACGGUUUAAAACUGCCCAAGAUAAGAGAGUCGUGCAAAAGAUUUCUAUGGCGCAGGAAAGUAUUUUUCUGGCAAGAAUCUCAUUAA